CGGUUGUUAGAAUUGGAGCAAGGCGUGGAGGUUCGGGAUCGGGUUCUUGUACCACGAUGCCUCGUCGUCCUUCUGUUGCCGAAGUUGGACUGGGACGUGGAGGUCGUACGGGUAUUUCCGGAUCAGGUUCUUGUAUCACGAUCCCUUGUAUCACGAUCCCUCGUCGUCCUUCUGUUUCCGGACCAGAAUGCGGAGGUUGUGGAGGUAGUUCAGGACCAGGUUCAAGUACUAGGUUGCCUCGACUCCCUCCUGUCGCCAAAGUUGGACUAGGACGUGGAGGUCGCACAGGUAUUUCAGGGUCAGGUUCUUGUAUCACGAUGCCUCGGCUCCCUUGAGUUGCCAAAGUUGGACUGGGACGUGGAGG